AUGAGCUUCGAUGUUCAACUACUGAAUGCUCACUAUAUUUGGUUCCCAAAUCCUUAUGUCUAUUACAAUUUCACGGUAGAUACACCGAUUGCAAGUGAGGGGGAUCGAAGAACACUAAGAAAGCGAAGAGGCUACGCGUCGAACUUUUCCUUCACUCUUUUAUAUUACAUCGGAGUCAUCGACACACUUCAACUAAUCGGACAUAUUGUUGCUGGCUUCAUGCUCAUAACACUCAUGAGUAGCUCAGAAGUCAUUUAUAUCUUUGGUGCUAUUCUAGAAGGUGGAUAUAUCUCAACGGGUUUUUUGACAAUUGCACUUCCAAUUCAUCGAGCUGCUUAUAUUAUGUUUCCUUUCAAAGCGGAUAGAAUAUUUCACCCAGUUCUUUUGAAAGUUUAUUGGACUUUCAUCUACAACCGUGACAAACCGGACUUGAACAAUUAUAUGAGAUUCUUUGAAGAAUGGAGUACUCUGGCUCCAAUCAUUAUCGGUGCCGUUCUUUAUUCGCUUAUCAUUGCCAAGCUUUCGUUUCGCGUAGGGAAAUAUUCCAAGAAAGAAAUCAAGUUGACAGCUCAAGUGUUUGCGAUUCUUUUGGUUAAUGCCUUCACGUAUAUCUAUUGGUAUCAUAUCACUGGAUAUAUUCCAUCAGUCACCCACCCAGUCACAACGAUGAGACCGCGAAACACAGCCGCUUCACAAAUUCAAUCAACAAUUCCUAGAAAUCGUGCC